AUGGAUUAUUUCAGAAAACUUUUAAAAAUAGUAGGAAUAAGUAACCACAGUAUCAACGAUCUUAAUAUUGUACACAUUGCUGGAACUAAAGGAAAAGGAAGUACCUGUGCUAUUGUAGACUCUAUACUAAGAAAUUAUGGGGUAUACACAGGUUUGUAUACUUCGCCCCAUCUUACUGAUGUGCGUGAGCGUAUACGUGUGAAUGGAAAAUUGAUGCAACACUCGAAGUUUUCCCAAUACGUAGAUGAGGUUUAUCAUAAGAUUACGAAGGAAUCUUCUGACAGAAUGCCAUCCUUUUUUGAAUUUAUGACUAUUUUGGCUUUCUAUGUAUUUGUGCAUGAAAAAGUAAAUGGAGCAAUAAUUGAGGUUGGGAUUGGUGGUCUUUAUGAUUGUACGAAUGUCAUAAAAAACCCCGUGGUUGUUGGAAUCACCUCAUUGGGAUUUGACCAUAUGGAAGUUCUUGGGAAUACUAUUGAGGAAAUAUCUGCAGCAAAAGCUGGAAUAUUUAAGCCUAGUGUGCAAGUAUUUGUGGCGUAUGGAAAUUCUGUAUCUGCCCUGAAUGUCUUAAAAUCCCAUGCAAAUCAGGUCGGCUGCCCGCUAUCUGUGUGUCCUUCAAUAUCAUUAUAUACUAGUGAUAGGGGAGAAGUUUGCUUAGGAUUAGAUGGAGAGACUCAAGGUUGUAAUGCAAGUCUAGCUUUACAAUUGUCACAUUUUUAUCUUACCAACUACAGACGCCAGGUUUCUAGCAUUAUUGACCACCCUCCUCUCCUCACCCUAUCUCCUAAGGCAAAGAAAGGAGGUUCAUUGUUCUUAGUGUCUGAUAAGUGUUUGGAAUCUCUUUGCAGAACAUAUUGGCCAGGAAGAUUUCAGGUGAUUUUCUAUAACGGCGUGCAUCUACAUUUAGAUGGUGCACAUACUGUCGAGAGUAUUUCGUUGUGUGCUAGUUGGUUUGAAAGCAAAUCUAGAAUGAAAGAAUUAGGCAGGAAUGAGUGCUUCCGUGGGCUUUUGUACUAUUGUAGAGGUCCUCGUGAUUUUAGAGAUCAUGUAAAAAUUCUUUCCAAAUUAGAUUUUGAUACAGUAUUGCUAUCGCCAGGCAUUGUGAAUGUCCCUGAUGCUUCAGAUCCAAAUGUUUGGGAGUUUGAAAAUCGUAUUGGCUGUCUUGAAGAGACGUGGAAGGAAUUUGCACCAGAAACGCCCAUUGUGAGUUUUAAAUGUAUUUCUGAUUCCAUUGAUUGGUUCUAUUUACAAAGGGCACAUUCACGACAUUUUCGUACAGAGCUUCUUGUGACUGGAAGUCUGUAUCUUGUUGGAGGAGUGCUAUCUUUAAUUAAUCCAAAUCUCUGGAACAACAAUUUAUUAUAA